CCCACAGAUGACAUUGUUCUGAUGGCCCAGACCCUGGAGAAGAUCUUCCUGCAGAAGGUGGCUCAGAUGCCACCAGAAGAGCAGGAGAUCGUGGUGCCGGUGGCCAAGAACAGCCACAAGAAGGGAGCAUCCAGAGCAGCAGCGCUCCUGGCGGGGCUGACGGCUGCCCAGCAGGUCCCAGCUGUCUCCUCGGUGUCCCACGUCUACACCCCAAGUCCUGACAUCCCCACCACCAUUGUCAACAUCCCCCACCCCUCAGUCAUUGCCACCCCCCUCCUCAAAUCGCUGCACUCGCCCACCCCGCCCGUCCUGGCACCACCCGCGCCCACCCAGCCUGUGGCCAAGAAGAAGGGGGUGAAGCGGAAAGCAGACACCACCACCCCCACCACCACGGCCAUCAUCGCCACCAGCGGCGAGUCCUCCCCGUCGGCCACGUUGCUGGAGGCCAAAGCCGCCAAGAUCCCGGCGCGUCGGGAGAGCGGUCGUCCCAUCAAACCCCCCAGGAAGGAUCUCCCAGAUUCCCAACAGCAUCAGACCUCCAAGAAGGGGAAGUUGUCAGAGCAGCUCAAGUACUGCAACGGGAUCCUGAAGGAGCUGCUCUCCAAGAAGCACGCGGCCUACGCUUGGCCCUUCUACAAGCCCGUUGAUGCCUCGGCCCUGGGGCUGCACGACUAUCACGAGAUCAUCAAGCACCCCAUGGACCUCAGCACCAUCAAGCGGAAGAUGGAGAACAGGGACUAUCACGACGCGCAAGAAUUCGCCGCCGAUGUCCGGUUAAUGUUCUCCAACUGCUACAAAUACAACCCCCCUGACCACGACGUGGUGGCCAUGGCUCGCAAACUACAGGACGUCUUUGAGUUCAGCUAUGCCAAGAUGCCCGACGAGCCGCAGGACGCCAGCCCGCCCUCGGUGUCUGCUCCUCUCCCCGGUGCUCUUUCCAAAUCCUCCUCUGAGGAAUCUUCCAGCGACGAGGAUGAGGAUGAGGAGGAUGAAGAUGACGAAGAGGAGGAGGAGAGCAGCAGUGAGAGCUCCUCAGAGAGUGAGGAGAGCUCGGACUCAGAGGAGGAACGUGCCAACAGGUUGGCGGAGCUGCAGGAGCAGCUGCGGGCCGUGCACGCGCAGGGGGGGAACUCCAAGAAGGCAGCAAAGGCGGCGCUGCCCCCACCCCCUGCCCUGUACGACUCGGAGGAGGAAGAGGAGAGUAAACCCAUGACCUACGAUGAGAAGAGGCAGCUGAGCCUGGACAUCAACAAACUCCCUGGGGAGAAACUGGGCAGGGUUGUCCACAUUAUCCAAUCCCGGGAACCUUCCCUGAGAGAUUCCAACCCUGAGGAGAUCGAGAUUGACUUUGAGACCCUCAAACCCUCCACGCUGCGGGAACUCGAGCGCUACGUCCUCUCCUGCCUCCGCAAGAAGCCCCGCAAGCCCUACAGUGAAACCAUGAAGAAGCCGGUGGGGAAGACGAAAGAGGAGUUGGCGCUGGAGAAGAAGCGGGAGCUGGAGAAGCGGCUGCAGGACGUGAGUGGGCAGCUCAACUCCACCAAGAAACCUCCCAAGAAAGCCAACGAGAAGCCGGAAUCAGCCCAACAAGUGGCCGUGUCCCGGCUCAGCGCUUCCAGUUCCAGUUCAGAUUCCAGUAGCUCCAGCUCCAGUUCCUCAUCCUCGGACACCAGCGACUCUGAUUCGGGUUAA